UAGCAUCCAAAUAAUAUGCAACAAGCAGAGAUAUAACAAGGACAAAUAUAUGUUCCAGAUCAAAUCAAACGUUAUUUUAAUCUCUGCUUGUCAUUUUGAUAACACAAGACAAUAUAUAAAUCAUUGCUUGACCCUAUAUUUGGAAGCAAAAACAUGUACCUGAUCAAGAUACCUCUAUAUAUACAAAGUAAAAUCUUCACAUUCAAGCAUCAAACACUCAAAAAAGAAGAAAUAGUAGAAACAGAGAAGUUCAUGGAUAGAAUGAAGAGGUUUUGCUCAAACGCAUCCUUCAUUUUAUUAGCUACUCUCAUCUUAACAAGUUGUAUUGAGUCNGAGGCUCAAAAGUGUCGGCCAAGUGGGAGAAUCAGAGGAAAGAAAGCACCUCCAGGACAAUGCAACCAAGAGAAUGAUUCAGACUGCUGCAUAGAAGGCAAACUUUACACCACAUAUGAAUGUUCACCACCUAUGUCCAGCCACACCAAGGCCUACCUCACUCUCAACAGUUUUCAGAAGGGUGGAGAUGGUGGUGGCCCUUCAGAAUGUGACAACCAAUACCAUUCUGAUGACACACCUGUGGUCGCACUGUCUACAGGCUGGUUCAACCACAGAAGCAGGUGCCUCCACAACAUCACCAUCACUGCGAAUGGAAGAAGUGUGGUGGCCAUGGUGGUUGAUGAGUGUGACUCGACUGAGGGAUGUGAUGCAGACCAUGACUAUCAACCUCCAUGUCCCAACAACAUUGUCGAUGCUUCUAGGGCUGUCUGGAAAGCAUUGGGAGUGCCCCCAAAUGAAUGGGGUGGCCUUGACAUUACAUGGUCUGAUGCUUGAUAUUAUAAGUUUAAUGUUUAAGUGAAUGUCUAUGUUUCUAUGUUGUAAGCUGUCUGGAAAUACUGAAUCUUUUGUUUUCUCAUUCACAAUCAAUACAAAUAUAAAAAUAAUAGUUGGAGUUCAAGUGCUACAACCUAGUUUUAAGUUAAAAAAUAUUUUUAAGUUACAUAUAUAUGUAUACAUAUGUGGAGAAUUUUCGACCAACUUUUAUCUAUAUUUCUCUGAUUUUCCAAACACUUGACCAAUUAACCAGUUUGGCCUGAUUUUCCAAAAGGGGUAUUCCCAAUAACCAGAAAGGAAACCAUGAUCACAACAUCCUUCUAUUUUCCUUUCUUACCUUUCAUCCUUUGAUUUCCACUAUAUUUUACGUAUGGUUGGACUAAGGAUGCUGGUUGAUCAUGGAGUGUACAGUGCAUGUGUUCAGCUACAAGAUAAUCUACGAUCUCACUACCCCACAACAUUAC